AGUAUUGUAAAUAAAUAUAUGGGCCACGUUCUUUUGUUAAAAUACCUCAACUAACACAAACGGAUACAGGAUACUCAAAAAUCGUUUUUUGAUACUCAUGCACCUUUGCGUAUUCAAUAAAUCUUAAUAAUAUUAUUAGGACGUUUUUUAUUUCCGCCGGUGCAAUUUUGUAUCGCGGUACUCAACGCUUCUAAUAACUGGAUGUCUGCUACAUUGUCUUAAGUGUUAUUACCAACUUCGAAUAACAACGCAUGGGGGAAAUAUAAACAUUUUCAGUGUUAUAAUAAUGUCAAAAGUGAAACCAACUCAAGCCUGCCGUAAACGUAUGCAUGACCAGGUGUGAAUCAGCACUCGAAGCAAUCUCGGACGAGUUCUCAUGGUCCAAAUUUUCUUUGCACAUUGCGGCUAUUCGAGAAUUUUUAGACCCACAGUGGAAGUGCUGUCAUUCGUCCUACCCAUUUAAAGUUUGGAAAGGAUUCCUAGCAGUGUACUUUACCGUAUGGCUUCUGCUUGACUUAGCUUAUCUUCCACGUGACUUUACAAUCAAGCCCGACAGGAAGUACCUCAUCUAUUUAACCAACUGGACUUAUCUGCUCUUCACGUUGUAUACUAUUGUCGCUGCUGUUAACUGUUGUACAUACAGGGAACCAAAACAUUCUGAAGCUAGAAAACCCGACAGGCUGUUAUGGCCCCUGCGGCUCCAGUGGAUGCUGUGGAAUGUUGGCGCUAUUUCAACUGUCGGUGUAAUGAUUUUAUACUGGACACUGCUCGGAGAAAACUUGAGUGUUUUUAGCGUUCACAAGCACAUGCUCAACGGCAUCGUUAUUGUGAUUGACCAUUGCUUCAUUGCCAUGCCCGUGCACUUACUCCACGUCUACCAAUCCAUGGUUUACGGUGUCUUCUACUCUGUCUUUACCGCUGUUUACUUCCUUAGCGACAGAACAAUAGUACCUAUUUACAAAUUCCUUGAUUUCAAAAAUAAUCUAGGCUUAGCUGUGGGAACGGAAGCCGCCGUUGUGUUUGUGCUGUUACCGCUGCUGCAUUUCUGCUUCUGGAUGUUGUUUAAAUUACGAUUGUACAUUGCUCAAAAUGCCGGAACGCCGCGUCCUGAUGGCCCAGACCCGACCUACAGGAUACCGGCACCCAUUACUUUGGCUAAACCGCCGACGGGUCCGCGACCAAUCUUUGUUUUUACGGUUGAAGAUGUCGACGCGGAUAAAGAAGAUAACAAAUAAUAUUAAUUUCGGUUAAAACAAAGAAUCAACAGUAG